CUCAUUUUGUUCCCCUGUUGACUGCAUGUGUCAACCGGGAUUUUUUAUGCCAAAUCAGCGAAAGAAUUUGGAGCUUUUGGAACUUGUUAGACCAUUCAUUGGCCGAAGUCUCGACUUUCUUCGGCUGUGCUCAGUGAACCAAGUUGACAAUGACUCCAUUGAACAAUUCGCGCAGACAAAGUAAACGAAACUGACGAUUGUGAGGAUUUUAGGUUUCGUUUGUGUCGGGGAAAAUGGGAAAGAAAAGAGGCAAGGACAAGAGUUCCAGAGAGGACGAUGACAUAGAGCUGACAGGCCCAUCAUGCAGGCACAUUAAGAAGGGAGCAGACCAAGCUCUUCUGAAGAAGUUACAUGAGAUUUCUGAUUGGACGAGCUGCCAGGAUUGUCAGCAGCAUGAAAGAAAAGAAAAUGCCAGUGCCACUCUGCCACAGGACUCUGAAGAGGAUAAAGAAAACAUACCUGUGUGGAUGUGCUUGAAAUGUGGACAUAGGGGAUGUGGACGAACUUCUGAGAACCAACAUGCCAUUAAACAUUAUCAGACUCCUCGUUCUGAUCCGCACUGCCUGGUGGUCAGUUUGGACAACUGGAACGUGUGGUGUUACCUAUGUGAUGAGGAAGUGCAGUAUUCCAGAACUGGACAUCUGGCUCAGCUGCUGACCAGUUUAAAAAAGCAAACCUCUGUGGAUCCAGUAAAAGGGGAGCAGAAAAGAGUAAAAGAGGAAGACAGCUUUUCGAAAGCUGAGCAGAACACAGAGACUUUGAAAGCAGAGGAAACCGAGGACAAGGAAAACAAGGACCAAGAAAUGAUAAACGGCAAGAAAGAGAAUGUUGUGAAAUCACAAAGGUCAGACACAACUGACAAGAAAGGUGGUGUUCCAGUAAAGGGACUGAGCAACAUGGGAAACACCUGUUUCUUUAAUGCAGUUAUUCAGAGUCUCUCUCAAACCAGGCUCUUAAGACAGACUCUCAACAAAGUAGCAGAAGAGAACAGGAGUAUUAACAUAACACCUUCUGUCUCAGUAGAGCUGGAGCCUAUUGCUGUGCAGUUAGACCAGCCUGGACCCCUGACUUUGGCCAUGUGUCAAUUGCUUAAUGAGAUCCAGGAAUCCAAGAAAAGUGUGGUAACGCCAAGGGAGUUGUUCAGUCAAGUGUGUAAAAAAGCUGCUAGGUUCAAAGGAUUUCAGCAGCAAGAUAGCCAGGAGCUGCUUCGCUACCUUCUGGAUGGGAUGCGAACUGAGGAGCUGAAGAGAAUGGUCUCUGGUAUCACAGAGGUAUUAAAACAAUCUACAAAAAGCACAGAUGCAGAGCAGCUGAAAACAGUCGUCAAAGAGUAUGAGAAACAAGGAUUUCCAAAUAACUUUGUGGACCAGGUUUUUGGUGGGGAAAUGACGAGCACUAUCAUGUGUCAAAGCUGUAAAACGGUGUCUGUUGUCACCGAAGUGUUUUUGGACCUUUCUCUUCCGGUUUCUGAUGAGGCGUACAGAAAAAAGAACCAGAAAAAAGGAGUUCAGAAGUCCAGUGAAUCAAGUCAAGAUGGCAGAAACAGCCCUACUUUAACCAGCACUAAGGAGGACACCCCCACUGCUGCUGGUAGCAAGUACCAGCAGAAGAAAGCAAAGAAGCAGGCGAAAAAGCAAGCAAAGCAACAAAAGAGGCAGCAGAAAUUUGAAGAAAGGGUCACUUUGGAAAGUCUCACAUCUCCCAGUCGCACAGAGGUUGAAAAGGCCGAUCCUGCUGCAGAUGAAGAAACGAGUGAUGCGCGAAGUGCUGAUACGGACACGCGUGAAGAUACGCCGGACAGCUGCGAUGCAGAGCAGCCUGAGAAAGAGAAAGAGGAGAAUGAGGAAACGGUGACCGACGAGCCCUCAGCAGCCGCGUCUUCCGACAGCAACCGCUUUACCGUCUUAUCCGAGGAGCAGCAGCCCCCAAAAGAUGCCUCGUUGGAUGGAGACAGAACAUCUGACGUGGAUGAGGAAGGAGAGCAGCACACUGCGCUGAUGAGUGACAUGGAGAAAGUCACUCUGGACGACGCCUUCAUAGACGACAGUAAUGAUUCGGAACAAGGCAUGGAGACAGAAGAUGAGCCAGAGCUCAAGGAGUACACGGUGGUGAACCAGGACCCUGAGCUGGCCUUCCACACACUGGCUGCUCGAACGGCCCCCGAGAAGCAGGAGUGUUCCGUACACUCGUCCCUGUUACAGUUCACUGAAGUGGAAAUCCUCACGCAGAACAACAGCCUGUUGUGUGUCACGUGCACGAAACGGCAGCAGAACCAGGGCAAAGCUGGUGGAUCUCAGAAGAAUAUCUAUACCGAUGCCUUGAAGCAAAUGCUCAUCUCCUCCCCCCCACCAGUUCUCACCCUUCAUCUGAAGAGAUUUCAACAGAGUGCCUAUAGCAUCUGCAAGGUGAACCGACAUGUCCAGUUCCCCCUGAUCUUGGAUCUAGCUCCAUUUUGUUCACUCAAAUGCAAGAACGUCACAGAGGGAGGGACUCAGAUCUUAUACAGUUUGUAUGGUAUUGUAGAGCACAGUGGAACAAUGAGGUCGGGCCAUUACACAGCUUAUGUGAAAGUGCAGCCUCAUCACAAAGCAUCAUCUAAUGGACUUUCGGAAGAAGGAGAUGCCGAGCCACCCAAAGGAUCCUGGUUCCAUAUCAGCGACACCAGCAUCCAGCCUGUGAGCGAGAGUAAAGUCCAGAGUUGCCAAGCCUACCUCCUCUUCUACGAAAGGAUCUUCUAAUUGAACAGUGCCUCUCAACUCAGGAAACCUAAUUAUACCAACCUGCUGCUUCUUUAUCUAACUGUACGAGGGACCUCAAACUCAUUUAUCUGUAUUGUAAUAAAAUAAUGGGGUUGAAGGGACUUUUGACCGUGUUAAUACCAUCAUCACAGUGUCAACACUGUAAUAAACAGUAAUAAAAAUAUAGGUGACAUGAAAACCUUCAUGAAUAUCAUUGAAGAAAACUGUGAGAGAAUAACUUGUAAUAAAAUAUUUAUAAGUAUUUAA